AUGCACUGCUUUGGGGACUCUGUUGCUCCCAGCUGCACUGUGGCCCCACCACCCUGCAUACUCCUUGCCUCUGGCACCUCUGCUUCCACCCACAAUGAUUCUGAGAAUUGCUUCUUCUGUGAUUCUUGGGCUCAGCGAGGCCACAGAAUCGAGAAGGUGAUCUCCCGGAGGGGUUAUGGCAACGAGAGGACCUGGUGGCAGGCAGAGAGUGGUGUGGAGAAUGUCACAAUCCAACUGGACCUAGAGGGUGCCUUCUACUUUACCAACCUCAUCAUGACUUUCAAGACAUUCUGCCCAGCAGCUCUGCUGCUCGAGCCCUCAGUGGACCAUGGCCGUUCCUGGCACGUGUAUCGAUACUUUGCCCACAACUGCUCAGGUGUCUUCCCUGAUCCUCCUGCCCAAGGCCACAGGAUCGGUGAUCUUGUCUGUGACCAGCGCUAUUUGGAUAUCGAACCUUCCUCUGAGGGCGAGGUAAUUUUCAAGGUUCUGGACCCUGCCAUUCAGGUGGAGGACCUAAGCAGUCCAGAGAUUCAGGAGCUCCUGCAUGUGACCAACCUUUGUGUGAACUUCUCCAAACUGCACACGUUGGGUGACAGGCCCCUAGGGGGCCUCAAGGGACACUCUUUAUACUACUAUGCCAUCUAUGAGCUCAUGGCCCAGGGCAGCUGCUUGUGCCAUGGCCAUGCCUCUGAGUGCAGGCCCGCACCAGGAGCCCCAGCCAACGUGGAAGGCAUGGUAUAUGGCCUUUGCAUCUGCCACCACUGCACAGCUGGUGCUAAUUGUGAGCACUGCCAGGACCUAUACCAGGACCAUCCAUGGCAUGCAGCAGAGCCUGGGCACCCUUAUGCCUGCCAGGAAUGUGAGUGCCAUGGGCAUGCCCGCAGCUACCACUUUGAUAUAGCCCUGUAUCUGGCAUCUGGCAAUGUGACUGGAGGCAUAUGUAAUGCAUGUCAGCACAAUACAGCUGGGCGCCAUUGUCAGCUCUGCCGGCCCUUCCUCCCCCACGAUCCCAGGGAGGAUCCCCAUUCUCCUCAAUCUUGCAGACCUUGCAACUGUGACCCCGUGGGUGCUCUGGAAGGGGGUUUGUGUGAUACUCACACAGAUGAGACCUGUGGUUUUCUCUCUGGGCAACAUCGCUGCAAAGGCCACGUCUGGGGCCAACCCUGUGACUCCUGUUGGCCUGGUCACUCUGGCCUGAGCCCCACUCAGCCAGAGGGCUGCCAGCCCUGCAGGUGUGACCCCCGGGGCCAGGUCCCUGGCACUCAUGCCUGUGAUUCCUCCAGCGGCGCCUGCCAUUGCAAACGCUUUGUCUCUGAACGAGACUGCAGCCAUUGUCUGCCCGAGUUCUGGGGUCUGAGCAAUGACCCCCCAGGCUGUCAGCCCUGUGACUGUGACUUUGGGGUGCCUACAGCAACAGGUGUUCUGCAGGGGAGGGCCUCUGCCUGUGUUGCUCCCACCUCCGUGGCCGCCGCUGCCAUGAACUCCAAUCUGGAUAUUUCUGUGCUGUCCUAA